UCAGCGCGAGGCGGCGAGCGGAAUGCAGCGGCCGGAGGCCUGGCCACGUCCGCACCCGGGGGAGGGGGCCGCGGCGGCCCAGGCCGGGGGCCCGGCGCCGCCAGCCAGAGCCGGGGAGCCGGCGGGGCUGCGGUUGCAGGAACCUUCCCUCUACACCGUCAAGGCUGUUUUCAUCCUAGAUAAUGACGGACACCGCCUCCUAGCCAAGUAUUAUGAUGAUACAUUCCCCUCCUUGAAGGAGCAGAUGGCCUUUGAGAAAAAUGUCUUCAGCAAGACCAGCCGAACUGACAGUGAGAUUGCAUUUUUCGGGGGCAUGACCAUCGUCUACAAGAGCAGCAUUGACCUCUUCCUGUAUGUGGUGGGCUCCUCCCACGAGAAUGAGCUGAUGCUCAUGUCUGUCCUCACCUGCCUGUUUGAGUCCCUGAACCACGUGUUAAGUCCCCAAAAGACUAAGACUGGAGCCAGAGCAUCCGCCUCGAGGCCCCUGCCCUUCCCGGGACCACUGCGGUAUCACCUGGAGCAGAGCCACCGGAGGGUUUGGCCAGAAAAUGAGGUCCAGAGAAGCUGGGUGAUUUGCCUGAGGAAGAACGUGGAGAAGCGCUGGUUGCUGGAGAACAUGGACGGAGCCUUCCUGGUGCUGGACGAGAUUGUGGAUGGCGGUGUGAUUCUGGAGAGCGACCCCCAGCAAGUGAUCCAGAAGGUGAAUUUUAGGGCAGAUGACAGCAGCCUGACUGAACAGAGCGUGGCCCAGGUCUCUCUGCCCAGACUAAUCCUGCUUUUAUGGAACUUCCUGCCCUCGUGCACUAACUACCUCCUGCUGUGAUAGCUAAGGCAGAGAUGGACCCAAGCCAUCCCGUGUGGAGCCCCAGGUUCUUCAGUCUGCCAAGGAACAAAUUAAAUGGUCAUUACUGAAAUGAAGGCUGUGCAUUCAGGGCUCCCUGCCCCCAGGGCAUUUCCCCAAUCCUGGCAAAAGCUGAAAGACCUCCGGAGAGGAGAGACCCCUCUGUCCCCCUAGGCUCUCCCAGAACUGACUCCUGAGGUCUCCGGCCAGGGACUCUGAGACGCAAAGAUUUGGCUUCAGAAGUGACUCACCCCUUCUCACUGCCCUGACCUGCCCCUUGGGCCAUGAGAACCAGCUGAGCUGCCUUAACUCAGACCUUAGGCAUCCUUGGCCCCAGAACCCUAAAUAAACCUGCUUUGUCUCCUGUCAA